AUGGAAUCAGAAACGAAAAGUGAACAAGUGGCAAUUCCACCACAACAACCCCCAAAAGAUGAUCUAAAUGAUAUAUUUACCAAGAUAAAAACGCACUUUCCACCUGCAAAAAUUAAAAAAAUAAUGCAGAGUGAUGAGGAUAUAGGUAAAGUAUCAAGUGCCACGCCCGUGGUUUGUGGUAGAUCAUUAGAAUUCUUUAUAGCAUUAUUAGUCUAUAAAAGCAUGGGUGUUGCUAAUGAACUAGGUGUUAAAAGGAUAAGUCCUGAGAUAAUGAAAAAGACUAUAUUAGAGGAUGAUAGAUUUGACUUUUUAAGGGAAAGCAUAUGCGGCCAGGAUGAAGAAGGGAAAGAGGAUGAGGUUACUGCCUGA